AUGUCGCACCUCGCGUCAAUCUUCCUCCUGCUGCACAAGAUGAUCACGUCGCGUUCCGCGCGCGGCAUCUCGUUCAAGUCUCAGGCGCUCUACCUCCUCGUCUUCGUGACGCGGUAUCUCGACCUCUACAAGUUCUACUCUGUGUACAACACGCUGAUGAAGAUCUUCUUCAUCGCCAGCGCCGCCUACACCAUCUACCUGAUGAAGGUCAAGUUCCGCCCCACGCAGGACCCGUCGCUCGACACCUUCAACGUCGCGUACAUUCUCGGCCCUGCCGCCGUCGCCGCCCUGCUGUUCACGCACCAGUACAACUUCUCCGAGAUCACGUGGACGUUCUCGCUCUGGGUCGAGAGUCUCGCCAUUCUGCCCCAGCUCUUCAUGCUCCAGCGCACGGGUGAGGCGGACAACAUCACGACGCACUAUCUCGCUGCGCUCGGGCUGUAUCGCGGCCUCUACAUCCCCAACUGGAUCUACCGGUACUACACCGAGACGGGCAGGUUUGACUGGAGGCCCGUCCUCCCCGGCCUCAUCCAGACGGCGCUCUAUGCCGACUUUGGGUACAUCUACGUCACCAAGGUGCUCAAGGGAGAGAAGUUUGAGCUCCCCGCUUAA